AUGCAGCAAUUACCGGGAAAACAUGCCGGUACGAGCGUAUUUGUAUAUGAUGGAUACACUUAUCAUAUGGACAAGCGAAGCGAAGGACUUUAUCGGUGCUCGUCGCGACGAAGUUUAGAAUGCUAUGCGAAAUUAUUACGAAAUCCUGAUGGGACAUAUACUUUGAAGUCACAACACAAUCAUUCGGCAAACGACAUGGUAUUGCAGGAAUUCCAAAUGAAGCAAGAGAUGCUGCAAAUGUGUCGAGAAACAGUCAUGAAACCAAAAGAAAUAUUUGAUACAGUAUGCCGAAGAAAUCCAAUAGCGGCUAUAGGAUUUACUUAUUCGGUUAUAAGAAAUACUCUUACUAGAGAACAAUUGCGUCAAAGGCCGGAAACGCCGCAAACUAUUGCCGAACUUGAUGUGGCACUAAUAAACUAUCAACCUAUUCAACAUAUUUUCAAGGACACAGUUACAUCAGAUGACGGUUAUAAAGCGAUAAUAUUUACUAGUGAUGCUCUGCUACAGGCUUUGGUGGAUGCUACAGAAAUUUUUAUGGACGGAACAUUUUCGGUGGUUCCCAAAGUGCCUCCCUUCGCGCAAUUGUACACCAUUCACGUACGGCAUAUGGAUACGGUAAGCAAAAGAUGGUACACAUAUUCAAUAUGUCUCAAUUUUCUUACUUGUCCAUAAAAUAUACAAUUAAAUACUAUUACAUUAAGGACUGGUUGUUCCAUCUUCGGAUAAAGUGUGUAAUGCUCAUCUAACAGAUAAAC